AUGUCAUCGGCACCAUUAUUACAGAAGACGCCUGGGAAGAAGAUAGCGUUGCCCACCAGGGUUGAGCCCAAGGUGUUCUUUGCCAAUGAGCGUACGUUUCUGUCGUGGUUGAAUUUCACUGUGAUGCUUGGUGGUCUUGGUGUUGGGUUGUUGAAUUUCGGUGAUAAAGUGGGUAAGAUCAGUGCUGCGUUGUUCACUCUGAUUGCGAUGGGGAGUAUGAUAUAUGCAUUGGUGACAUACCAUUGGAGAGCCGCUGCGAUAAGGCGCAGAGGGUCGGGACCAUACGACGACAGAUUGGGACCCACAUUGCUGUGUUUCUUCCUGCUGUUUGCAGUGGUGACUAACUUCAUACUAAGAACCAAGUAUGAAAACACAGCUCUGUAA